AUGCCUAACUCACACAACCUAUUUGAGACCCCAUCUUCAAGGGGCGGAGGGGUUGAGUUGCCACCAGUUAUUCCGGGGUUUGAGCCGGCAGACGCUACAGUAAUCAGAAGAUGGUUGUCAUCGACGCAUCUAGGAAGCCACUUCGUUAACUACCCAUUUGUAACCUUCCAUGAGGUUGAAUUAUCCACGCCCCAGAGGUCGGUGGUUCAAGGCUUCAUCGGUACAUUGGAGGAUAUCGACAGUCUCGAAGGGGGGGCCUUGUUCGCAUGGUUGGCGGCACGGGCGACCGAGCUGGCGGUUAUGGAACCGACCGUGGCCGACGAUGAGGUGGAGCAGGCCGACACUGCUCGGCGGGCAUUCAUUCAUAUGGUCUUUGGCUUGGUCUUACGUGGGACAUUGGUGAAUGGUAUGGACCUGAGGGCGGCGCUGUGGCUCGCAGCAGCGGCGGCGGCUCUGGCGACCAAGAGGAAGUACCUUUUGCCACGUUGCGCGGCCUUGGGCAACGAAAGAGACUAUGUUCGCUCAUUCUUACACGCGCGUCAAGCGUCGUGCCUGGUAAACACGGAUCCUACGGGGUUCGCCGCUCAGGGAUUGCCCGGGGCUCCGCGAACAGCGUCGACGACAUGCCGGGAACCCAACGCUCUGAAGUUACCCCUAGAGACUCCGAAAUUUGUGGCGCCCACUUACGCUAUGCCAUAUGCGGCCUUUAAGCAGGCCAUAAAGACGGCGACGGCAUUCUACGGCAUCAAGAGAGACUCUGACGCGGCGGUAUAUCUCAUCCGGCACUUGGAAGGAUCGCUCAAAGCAGAGCUCAUGGUCGAAGUGGGGCCAGACUCGCCCAAGGUCGAAGCUGUCUGGUCUUAUCUGGAUGAACGGUUCGCCAAGUCGGAUACUGCUGCAGGGGCGGCGGAGAGAUGGUCCGCAGUUAAGCAGGAGAAUGAGGAGACGGUAGAAAAAUAUUACUCCAGGGUCAGCCGUGAGCGAGUGCUCUACUCGCGGGUGACGGGAGUGACUUUACCAGACACGAUCGCAGCGGCCAAGUUCUCGGAGGGCCUAAUCCCAGCCAUCAAGGCUCCCUUACAAACUUCAGCCGGGCACAUGUUGCCCAAGAUGAAGCUCUCGGAGGUCUUGGAAGCGGCAUCGUAUCACGAGAAGCACUCGGUCAAGCAGUCCUCCCCACCCAACGGUGCUCGUAUCAAGGCACAAGGACCAUCUACUACUCCGUCAAGAAGCUCCGAGGCCCUAGCCCGACCCCAGUCCGGCGGAACGGGGAGCAAGGAGUCUCUUUCCGAACGGGAACGGCAGCCCAAGCUCUGCAAGUUCUGUCAAAGCAAGGGCUACCGGAAGGCAAACCGGCACAAUGAUGAGGAGUGCUGGGAGAACCCCAUCAACAAGGAGAAGCGUCCUCCCGGAUUCAAGCCUAGAGAAUCAGAGGCAGCACCUACUUCCUCUUCUACGACGUUCCCAUCGAAAGCGGUCUCUACCGGUAAGGUCUUCGUGGCUUCAGUACAGGGGGGGCUGAAAGCCGUGCGAGCGGUCAUCACUGGUCCUUCUUAUACCUCCCCCACAUUUCUGUUACCGGAUACUGGCUCAGACUACUCCCUGAUCAAGGAGAGGUAUGUGAAAAGUCUUGGUCUGAGAGCUGAGACCCUCGCCAAUCCGUUGGUACUCUCGACAGCAGGCAUCGACUCUACGGUCUCAGUCGCAGCCACAACUGUCGUCCCACUUACAGUCACGGACGUGGACGGCAUUCCUUGGGAGUUCUCCGUGAAAGCCCACGUCGCCUCCGACUUGGCUAGCGCUCUUCCAGAUCGAGGACUCCUUCUGGGAAUCAAUACUAUGCGUAACAUGAGAGCAAAUAUAUUGCUGGGGACUCCAGACGGUGACUUCAUGGACUGUGGUGACCUCGGCACGAAACUCCCAUUGCACGGUCUUCCGGAAGCUGAUGACGACACCGAUCCGGGACGGGUUCUGGCGGCCCCACAAGUGCAGAAGAAGCUCUCGGUUCCAUCUACAACAACGAUCGAUAAUCGCCUGAGAGACUGGCGUUUCUCUCAAGUCAGGGUCGAGGCUAAAGGGUCGGCAACGCGUCCUUUCCCUAAGAGACCGUAUGUCGCGAAAGCGAAGGAUAGAGUUGCACUAGGCCUCAUUGUGGAACGUUUAUUAGCUUCGGGAAUCAUCCGCACUGUGACAAAAGCGGAGAUAGAUUCUCGCAGCAUUUGGGUCAACCCGUCCUUUGUGGUCCCCAAAGACACGGAGGACAUCCCAGCGGAAAUCACAUCUGCUAACGUGGAGAAGUUCUAUCGAAUGGUCAUCGACUGUCGCGCCACCAAUGAUGGAGUCGAAGAUCUUCCGAACUCAUGGAAGGGAUAUAAAGCGAAAGUCCAAGAUUGCAUCGCCGAGAUACCCUCUGGUCCUGUCUACUUCUCCAGCGUGGAUGUGAAAUCGGCCUUCUAUAAUAUCGACUUGUCGGCACACAGCGAGGUGUUCUUCGGAUUCUCGUACUAUACUGAGGAUGGCACCAUCGCAUACGGAGUUUUCCAAAAAUUGGUCAUGGGCUACAAAGGGGCCAGCUUCAUUUGGUCGCAUGCGUUGCAUUGUCUUUUGAGGAAGGCCAUUCCUGAGUACUAUGAUCCUGGAGGACAGUCAUCCCAGAUAGGGAUCUACGUGGACGAUAUUCUCAUAUGGUCUAGGUCUGAAGAAGAAUGCUGUCAGCUGAAGGAGGCGGUUACCUACAUCCUGAAGAAGGCUGGAGCAGAAGCGCCAAUUGCCAAGCAGAAAGGGCCAGCGAAGGAGAUCGACUUCCUCGGCCUCAAGCUUCGUCAAGAUGGUUUCUCUAUCGCUGAUAAAUCGCUCCAAGCUCUGAAGGAGGCUCUAUCUUCCGUCCCUAGGACCUUGAGGGGAUUACGGACCAAGCUCGGGCUGAUGACAUUUUGUCGUGCACUCUGGGUCACAAGCCCGGUAUUAGCGAGCCGUUCGCUCAGUGACUUGACCGCUCCUUUCACCGACAUGGUAGGUCGGAUGGUGUCAUCUGGAGCGAGAAAGGGUGCUAAGCUGCCAUGGAAUGAUGAGCUCUCAGCUAAGUGGCAAGAUAUAAUAUCUCAUAUGGGAGACGGAUUCAUACAUUACCAUGCGUAUGCGGCAGAAGCCCCUGGCUGGCAAUUCAUUAUUAUGGCUGACGCUUCGCCGAAAGCGGGGGCGGCCGUACUAUACCGACUCUCACGCGGUGUAUAUCUGUCCUGUGGAGAGAAUAUGUCGGCGACCUGGUUGGCGGAAAAUGCUAACAUCAUCGCCUUCUGGUCACACAAAUGGUCAGGGGCAGAGCUUAAUUGGGAUAUUGCAGAUCGAGAACUAUUCUCCAUCUGUCAGGCACUCACUGAGUGGAAGACUUUGCUACUCUCCUACAUCAUGUACCAUCCCAAACAACGAGGUGAAGAUACGGUGGAAGAUGGCCGUAUCGUGGUGUUCUCCGACUCGACUAGUGCGCUCGGGAAACUAAAAUCCCGCAUCGAUGACUCUCGUAUCCAACCUACCUCUCGACAGCACAAGAGAUGGAUAUCGUGGUUAUCACAAGUACUGGAGUUUGAUGAGAAUGAAGUCUGUUAUCGCCAUGUCGGUGGAAAGCUCAAUGGAUUGAGCGACUUACUCACCAGGCUCCUGGAUGGAGGUACACGAUACCUACAAGACGGAGGGGGUACACCAUUGGUACUUGUCACCAGGGAUCAGGAUGGUGGCAACAGUACUGACGGAGCUCCUCGCACAGAUGCUGAAGAACUCGCUUCGGCUUUAUGCGAGGGUGGCGUCUACGAGAAACUCAGUAGCUUGCAGGCGGCCGAUGACAUCACGAGGGUUCACGGUACUACUUUGAAGGAUUGGUGCUCACACUUCAUACACGACGUCCCAGUCUCGCGUAUUGCGCAGGAGGCGGUCGAGAUUGGAGUGGUGGCAUGGACUGACAACCUUCUUUACGUGGUGGUGGACGUUAAGGAGAAGGGUCAGGUUCGGGUCCCGGUCCUACCUACAGGAAAGAUCGCCGGCUUGGACGAGCUGAUCAGCAUCAACGUACAGGGAGACUGGGACGUGCGAUCGUGGUUCAUGUUUUGCGGUCAUGAACUACAGAUACACGCCAGCUUCCACCCGAUGCGAUCAUUCAUACUCACUAAGGGAUGGUGGCCAACUAUAUCCAAGGACUGCCAAAGGUGGAUCGGUCACUGUGACUCCUGUAUGGACGAAAAAGCGGCGGAAAGGCGGAAGCUGGUCACAGCACCGCGGGUACCUCGGGGGCUCAUCAACCUUGAGCUGCGGGGCAAGUUCGUCUCCCUAGACCAUGGCUAUCCGGCUGCUGCGCCUGGAUGGAUCCCAGCCGCAAAUCCAAAAAUGAAGGCCUUCCUCAUCAUCACCGAUGUUGCUACGGGCUUCACCAUGAUAAGAUCCGUCGAAGCCGUGGACGGCAGAGCUACGGUGAAAACUUUCUUCGACGCCUGGGUUAGUGUAUACGGGGUACCUUUGGGCCUCGCGGGUGAUAAUUUUCUGGAUGCCCCGGCUUUGAGGUCAUCGUUAUUGUCUCUCGGAGUCCGCUUCUUGCCUUCCCCCCCAUGGUCGCCUUGGAGCAAUGGUAGCAGCGAAGCACGGGUCGGUAGAGUGAAGCGAUUGGUACCUACCUUGGGGAUAGCUUGGGACUUAUCGCUACCCCAUGUCCAACUCAUCAUAAAUACCAACAAGCGGGCUGCCGGUUACUCAGCGGCUGAGCUUAUGUUCGGUACUCAGCCCCGCACACCAGCGGACGCGGUUCUCCACUCCCUGUUGAGCCGAGGACCCACGUUGGACGACAUGUCCGCCACAGCCGAGUCGUCCGACGCCACUAUCCAACUCAACAAGAUCAUCAAGGAUGCAAUCGACGCCACCCGUUUCGUCGUCGUGCAGUCUCACAUACGAGACAAUGUUAGGGCUCUAGCCUCGCGUUCCGGCAAGCCCGUGAAAGACGGAGAGCUAGUCGUCUGGCGGCGCCCUGGAGCACGGCCAAUCGAAGGGCAUGUUGUCCUGGUAUCGGGCGUCAAUGUUGAGCAGGGACCCUAUGCCUACCUCGGCAACAUGGUUGGUUUCUCUACAAGGCUGCGCCCACUAGGUGCCCCGGAGGACAGAUCGGUAUCAGAUAGCAGCAGCAUGCAAGGCGACAACUGCAUCUUGCACGUGCUCGAUACUGUCAAUGGUUCACAAUUUCUACCGGUUUGGGUGACUCCCUCGGGGGAAACCUAUGUCAGCGCCCAGGCUCAGGUUGGGGAUGUUCCUUUGAUGCGGACGAGCGGGAUACCUUCCUGA